CAAUCCUGUGAUUCCGAAUUUUGCUUCCGAUUCUACUGGCCGUGCUCUCGCCGGAUUUUCAUCUCCGUUUAACUCUCUCUUAAUUUUCGACCACAAAAAGAAAACUAAAGAUGGCGAGGAGACCGGACGAGGAAUACGAUUACCUGUUCAAGGUUGUCCUAAUCGGAGAUUCCGGCGUCGGCAAGUCCAACCUACUUUCUCGAUUCACUCGCAACGAGUUCUGCUUGGAGUCCAAAUCUACCAUCGGCGUCGAAUUCGCCACUCGUACACUUCAAGUGGAAGGGAGGACCAUAAAAGCUCAAAUAUGGGAUACUGCUGGUCAAGAACGGUACAGGGCAAUAACCAGUGCCUACUAUAGGGGUGCCCUUGGAGCUCUUUUGGUGUAUGAUGUUACAAAACCAACAACAUUUGAAAAUGUGAGCCGAUGGCUGAAGGAGCUCAGAGACCAUGCAGAUUCCAACAUUGUUAUCAUGCUGAUUGGAAACAAGACUGAUCUGAAGCACCUCCGAGCAGUUGCCACAGAGGAUGCUCAAAGUUACGCUGAGAGAGAAGGCCUUUCAUUCAUCGAAACAUCUGCCCUUGAAGCAGUAAAUGUUGAGAAGGCUUUUCAGAUGAUUCUCUCAGAGAUAUACCGUAAAAUUAGUAAGAAAUCACUUUCUUCAGAGGAGCCAGCAGCUGCAAGUAUUAAAGAAGGGAAAACAAUCAAUGUAGGCGCUGCAUCUGAGGCCAAUGCCAAGAAGCCUUGCUGCUCUUCAGCCUGAGAUAGGAUAAUUAAUUUACAAAUUUUCUUCUUCUUAGCUCAUUUCUGGUCACAUUUCCUCUGCUUGAGGGUUAAUUGUUGGCUUGUUUAUUUUGUAUUAUCAUGACCAUUUAAAUUGUGUAUUCAGUGUUGUGAGUUAAAUCAAUUUGUUCUUUAAGAGAUGUUUUGCAUCCCUAGUCUCUACUGCAUGUUGCUUUUUGAAGCUAGUAAUUUGUGUAUUC